AUGGAGGGAGAAAAUCCUGCUGAUUCGAAGCACACGUGCUUUUGUGUAUUCCAGCAUAAUCCAUUCAAGCGUGGCGAUGAGGGUGUUGAAGAUGCAGGUAAAAUUAUCGAGCAAUUAAUAUAUAAAUACCCAAGUACAAUACCUGAUCGCCAAAUGGAACAUCUUUUGGGUGUUCUUAUUGCCUUAUAUACAUUUUCUAACUUAUCAUUAAAUGGAAAAACAUUAGAUUUCAUUUGUUGGUCGAAUUCUAAGCUCGCAAUUCAAACUCAACAGCUUGAAGAUCAAACGAUGAUAUUUUUCGUUCUUCGUGCACCAUCAGCAUAUAGUGAUAUAUCUAUUAGCGUUGCUCUUGAUCAUAUUAAGAAAGGAAUAUUUUUCGCUCUUGGAGCCGGAAUAAAUCAUAUUCCAACUUUACAAGAAUAUCUUAAGACUAAAGGUGAUCAGAUUCUCAGCAUAGAAUUGCCUGAAGACCUUCCUAAUCCACUUCCUUUCUCAUUUACUAAUCUACCGAACGCUGAGUGGCAGAGAUCAAGUGUAGCUGCUACAUUUUUGGAACUUCUUGUUAUGAGAAUGGAUCCAAGAAUCUGGGGCUGUGCUUGUUUCAGCGAUAAUUUGCUCUUAGUCUCUCACAGCUCCCUAGAUAUUAUAAGCUUGUUUGACUUCGCUACUGGAACAGACUCGAGAUCUAAGGUAUAUCUAACAAGUAAUGAUAGAGCAUCUUUAAUUGACUACAAAGGCAGCACUGCUAAAAUACCAGAAGGCGAAAUAAUCGAGUCUACGCUUCUUCGAUUCAAAGAAGACAGAAUUACUCUUAGUGUUCUUGCUUCUCCUGAUAUCGACGACGCAUUAGUGGGAAAGAUCUCAGCAAACUUAAAACGUGCAGCUCCACAGAUAUCAUCAAUACAAACAGAUCUUCAGAGAGCUACAAAUCCUGCAAAUACAAUCGUUUACGAUAGCGAAUUGAAUUUACUCAGAUGCGGAUCUACAACACCGACAUUCCGAGCUUCUGCAAUUGAAGCUCAUGAUAUGUUCGUAAGAGAUCCACGUCUUAAGGACGUAAUUAUGUCAAAUGUAAAGGAAUUUGCUCUUUGUAUGAACGUUUUGGACGUUGAACACUACGCAGCAGUUCCAACAGCUGGAAAGAAUCUCAGUGACUUAUAUGAUGAAGCCAUUAAACUAAAUCCAGAGUUGAUCAGAUAUCUCAACUCAAUUCAUCUUCCCGACUAA